GGCGAUCUAUAUUGCCCCGUGGCCGCUAGGAUUCCUGUGACGGAAGAGCGCCGUAACGCUCUCAACUUAGUGACGGGAUAUACUUAUUCAACAGAAAGAACGCGGAGGCUGUCAGAGUUGCUAUGGGACUUGCGCGCGCAGGAACAUAUUUACACUGUUAUGCAUCUGUGAUGUUGUUGUGAAAACCACACGCCAGUCUGUUACGUUAUCUCGUUCAUUGUAAAGCAUUACUAACCUACUUCUUAACCAGCAGAGUUAUAGAUUGUGAACUAUGAGCGGUGGAUUCAGCAAGUGCCGCUCGGUGCUGAUCACCGGGGCGAACCGGGGCCUCGGACUCCAAAUGGUGAAAGACCUGGUGAAAAGUAAUGAGAGGCCGCACAGAGUAAUCGCGACUGCCCGCAAGCCAGCGGAUGCGAAGGAUUUGCAAGAUUUGGCCGGAAGUCAUUCGUGUGUACACAUUAUUACCCUUGACGUGACUAGCCAGGCCAGCAUAGACACCGCCAUACAGGAAGUGACAUCAUUGGUGGGAAACGAGGGUCUGAAUUGCCUGAUUAAUAAUGCUGCUAUCAACAUAUCGUCGGACCUUGGGAGGGUCAGUGCCAGCGAUAUGAUGAAGAACUUUGAAAGCAACGCUGUGUCCCCACUAAUGGUCACCAAGGCCUUCCUGCCGUUGUUAAGGGCAGCCGUUGCCCGGAGCGACGGCAUGGGCAUCCACAGGGCCGCGGUGGUGAACAUGUCCUCCGUCCUGGGCUCCAUCCAGCUCCACUGGGGCCCCGGGGCCGCGUUCAGGAGCUACGCCUACAGGACCUCCAAGGCGGCGCUGAACAUGGUGACCAGGUGCCUGGCCGUCGACCUGGAGCCCGAAGGAAUCCUGUGCAUGGCGCUCCACCCGGGAUGGGUGCGCACGGACAUGGGCGGGCCCAUGGCUGAUAUGAGUGUGGAGGAGAGCAGCUCAGCAGUGCUGUCCGUCAUUGCUGGAUUAUCUGAGAAGGACCACGGACAAUUCAGGGACUACAUGGGCCAAACCCUGCCGUGGUGAAGACUCUGCUGGGACUACUUUAAAAUACGCCAAAUACUAAAUAAAACGCUAAAUAUCUCGGCAUCAGUAGGAAAUUAAAGAGUCUUUUUUAAAUCGUA